ACUCCUACACCCUUCAGCAAACUAGCAACAUUUUCGAACAUCAUCAACUCUCAGCUCCCUCCAAAAUUGAAGCCAUGUCCAUUAUCUCAACCUCACUCUCACUACAUUCUCUCUCUCCAAACCCAAAUUCUAAGCAAUUUUUCUCUCUAAUCUCAAACCCAUCUCCAUUUCCCACCUCAUACUCACCCAAAUGUUUCGUAAUUCGAUGCGCAAAGAGGUCAAGAAGAACAGGGAAGCUGCGUUACCCAUCAGAGAAGAAGAAGCUCAAACAAAUUCAUAAGGAGAAAAUGGAUGUUAAGGAUAAAUUUGAAGGGUCUUGGAGAUUGUCUAAACUUAAUGUUGAAAUUGAUAAAGACCCUGGUAAAGAUUUUCUUGGUGUUUCUGAUGGUCUCCUUGAACAAAUUGCCAAAGUUCUCGAAUUCCCGGUUGCCUCUUUCCUUCCAGCAGAAGCAUUCACAGUGGUUAGAAAGUCAUUUGAUGCGCGAAAGCUAUUGAAGACACCUAAGUUUGUUUACACAGUUGACAUGGAUGUCGACAAGCUCUUAACUUUCGAACCUCGGUUAUGGGAUUUCAUCUCCGAGAUGGAGCCUAAGAUGGGACUUGUUGAGCAUAUUCCCCAAGAAAAAGCUGUUGGUGAUUUAUUUAGUUUAUUACACGACUGCAAGAAGGAUCAGGAAGGUACUUUAACAGUGGAUGCUGGUAGUAACGGUAGUAUCCCAUCUUACAAACCGAAAGUUGCUGUUGUUGGUAGUGGUCCUGCGGGUUUGUUUGCUGCUCUUGUGCUCGGUGAGCUGGGUGCUGAUGUUACCUUAAUUGAACGAGGCCAACCAGUAGAACAAAGAGGGCGUGACAUAGGUGCGUUGGUGGUUCGCCGGAUAAUACAACCAGAAAGUAACUUUUGCUUUGGGGAGGGUGGUGCAGGUACAUGGAGUGAUGGGAAGCUUGUCACAAGAAUCGGGAAGAAUGGUGACAGUGUUCAGGCGGUCUUGAGGACGCUAGUUCACUUUGGAGCUCCAAAGAGUAUCUUGGUUGAUGGGAAGCCUCACCUAGGGACAGACAGGUUGGUUCCGCUGCUUCGCAGUUUCAGGCAACAUUUGCAGGCCCUGGAUGUCUCAAUCAAAUUUGGAACAAGGGUUGAUGAUCUGCUUGUAGAGGGCGGGACUGUUAAAGGGGUCAAAGUUUCAGAUGUUACAAAAAACUCACUAAUCUAUAGCCAAGAAUUGAGUUAUGAUGCAGUGGUUCUGGCUGUUGGGCAUUCUGCAAGAGAUGUAUACCAGAUGCUCUUAUCACACAACGUGGAAUUGAUUCCGAAGGACUUUGCUAUUGGCCUGCGGAUUGAGCAUCCCCAACAACUGAUAAACAGCAUACAGUACGCCGCAUUAGCCGCUGAAGUUCAAGGAGGACGUGGAAAGGUACCAGUUGCAGAUUAUAAGAUUGCAAACUAUCUCAGUGGAGAGGAUGCGGAAUCAUCCUAUGCAUCUGCAAGCCGUGGCUGCUACUCUUUUUGCAUGUGUCCUGGAGGACAGGUUGUUCUCACAAGUACAAAUCCGUCAGAGCUCUGUAUUAACGGAAUGUCAUUUUCUCGACGUUCAUCGAAAUGGGCUAACUCGGCACUAGUUGUUACAGUCUCAUCAAAAGAUUUUGAGAGCUUAAAUUUUCACGGAGCCCUUGCUGGUGUUGCCUUUCAGAAAGAACUAGAGCAAAGAGCAGCUGUCAUGGGAGGUGGUAAUUUUGUUGUUCCUGUGCAGACAGUCACUGACUUUCUUGAAGAGCGAAUAUCAGAUACGUGUUUGCCACAGUCAAGCUAUCGAUUAGGAGUCAAGGCUUCAAAUCUCCACGAGCUAUUUCCUUCUCACAUAACUAAGGCUCUACAGGAUUCAAUCUUGAUGUUUGAGAAAGAGCUCCCAGGAUUUAUCUCAAAAGAGGGCCUUUUACACGGAGUAGAGACGAGAACGAGUUCUCCGGUUCAAAUUCCAAGAAACAGUGCCACUUUCGAGAGCACGAGCUUAAAGGGAUUAUAUCCAGUGGGAGAAGGGGCAGGUUUUGCCGGAGGAAUAGUUAGUGCAGCCGUUGAUGGGUUGUAUGCUGGUUUUGCCGCGGCCAAAAAUCUGGGGUUGAUAACUGCUGAUGUCGAAUCUCUUCUAGGCAAGGCACAGAGUUCUGGGCUUACCAAGUAUUAACAGCCUUCCAGCUAGUUAUAUUUAGAAUUUUUGAAUUAGAAUUUUUGAAGAUUAGGGAUAUAAUUGCAUAAGUUAUGAGGAGUUAAUCAUUUGAAAAUUUUGAUUUGAUUAGUUUUUUUCAUAUGGAAAUUAAUAUAGAGUUUCGAUCUUGGGUUGCCCGGCGAAAAUAGGUAAGUUGAGAGAAAAUUGUAUGAAUGUAUGAUCAAUGUAUUCUCUGUAUAGGGUUUAUUUUUCCUGCAAAUAAUACAAAUUUUGUAACUGAAAUUGUAACGUGUUGUAUAUGGUACGAAGGUAUACUUUGUUAUUAAUUAUGGUUCGUUUGAAAUAAUUGCAAUUUUCAGUUUUUGAUUUUA